AAUCUAAAGAGUCCAAAAAAUCACCACCAAGAGAAUCAAAAAAGUUCAAAGAAUUACCACUGGGAGAAUUGAGAGUCCAAAGAAUCACCACUAGAAAAAUCAAAAGUCCAAAAGAAUCACCAGGAGAAUCAAAAGAGUCUACCAAUAGGAGAAUCAAAAGUCCAAAAGAAUCACUGGGAGAAGAGAAAGAGUUCACCACCAGGAAAUCACAGAGAGAAUCGAAAGAGUCCAAAAGAAUAGUCCAAAGAAUCACCACUGGGAGAAUCGAAAGAGUCCAAAAAAUUACUACCAGAGAAUUGAAAGAGUAUAAAGAAUCGCUACCAGGAGAAUCAAAAGAGUCUAAAGAAUCACAACCGAGAGAAUCAAAAGAGUCCAAAGAAUUAUCACUGGGAGAAUCGAAACAGUCCAAAAAAAUCACCAGAAGAAUCGAAGUCCAAAAGAAUUACCAGGAGAAUAUAAAGAGUCCAUCACCAGAAGAAUUGAAAGAGUCUAAAAAAACAUUGGGAGAAUCAAAAGA